AUGGCACCGAAUGCACAAGACAAGGAAGGAAGGCCAAUUAAAGAAGGCGACGAAGUCUGGACUCCAAUUCGAGGCGGAAAACGACAAGGAGAAGUAGAGAAAAUUGUAUACACAGAAGAAGAAGCAAAAUCUCUCGGCGUGAAGAAUCCACCAAAGGUGGUAUUCACUGAUCAACAUGGACAUAGAGUCGCACACAAUCCAGAGGCACUAAAGCAUGUAGAUGAAUAA